UCCUCUCAUCUUCAAUCUUCGAACGCAGAAAAGACUAAAGAGGCAGCCCUAAGCCUCCAUCUCCUCGCCCUUCUUCAAGCUGUCCAGACACCGUCGCCGUCACGCCUGCUCAGCCGCCAUCCGCCAUCCGCACUGCUCCAGCGUCGUACCAACGCGUCUGUUCCGCGGCGCUUCCACCGGUGUUCAGCCUCUGUUCCAUCGCGCUUUCGUCAAUGUUCAUCCUCUGUUCCGCCUCGCCCCAGCCUUCGUCUUCCAGUUCGUGUUCCUCAUCUGUGCUCCUUCUCCCUUGCGUGUUUGAAUUCCAGCCCUCGUUUGUGCUCCCUCUGCCUCAUCUGUUCGAGUUUGUACUCCAUCUCCCUCAGCUGUGAAAGCCCAGCAUUGGAUUUUGCAACAACAGCAAGGAGCAACCAUGGUUGUGGGAGAGGAACCGGUGCCGCAACCAGCAUCCAAAGUUCGCCACCUUAAGAAGAGAGCUCUGAAGAACAAAUCUUUGUCCGUUUCUUUCAACGAGAAAGAUCUCAAGGACUAUGUGACUGGGUUUCACAAACGCAAGAAGAAGAGGAGAAAGGAGGCACAGAAGCAGCAAGAGGAGGUUCUAAGGAGGAAACGCAGCGAGGAGCGCAAAAAGAGGAAGUUGGAAAGGGAAUUUGUUCUUUAUGGUUGCCCUCCAACAAAUGCUGAUGCAGAACCCGAUGAAACCGAUGAGCACCAAGAAGAUAUCGACCAAGUUGAACCUAUUCCUGAAAUGAAGACAUACGAAAGUGGUGAUUUGACAGUCACAGUUGUAACCAGUGAGAUCAACCCAAAAGAAGAAAGUUACCUUAGUGAGAGGAAGGAGGCGGCGGGGUCCCAUCCUCUUUUUUCUGAAGAAAAACGCAAGCUACCCAUAAAUAAUAAGAAAGCAUUUAAGAAAGUUGCAAAGCACAGGCCACGUUCAAAGCCAAAAAGCAAGAGGAAUAAAAACAAAGGAAAGAAACAAGGCAAGAAGUAAAGUCUGCUGAAGAUUAUUGCAGUUAGUAGCUUAGCCACUUAGAAGUGGGAUAUUUUUCGAGUGAUCCAUGGCUUUGAUGUACUUUUCAGGAGAAAAAUAUCAAUGAGAAUAUCUAAUUUUUACUUUUUUAUGUUACAAUGAAAAUUUCUCCAAUAUGCUCAUCACUGAGAAACUUAGCAAUUUGAAAUUAUGUAUUUUGUUGAUUUAUAUAGUUUGCAUUUUACAA